AUGGGAAGCCUUUUGGCACUUAACCGUAGAGUAACGCAGAAAGCCAAUGGAUACGGCAAUAUUGCUCUCGGUCUCACUACUGUACCACAUUCAGAUUUUGUGCUUUUUACAAAUGAAUACAUAUGGGUGUGGACUAGUGAUUCAUUCUGUUGA